CCUUAGGGCGGUAUUUCCGACCGGCGAAAUCGUCAAAAAAAUAUGAUUGGGGCGCUUGCUGUUCUUACAGUGCUAUAACAAAGUACGAUGAAUGUUGGAAUUUGUAUUCCCCGGCAAUCACAUGAAGAUCGCUAAAUCAUCCUGACUCACCAAUUGUCACGACCACCGAGCCUGCCGAAAAGUAUGCAUAUAUAUGCGAUGGCGGCUAUGCGUAGCGAGGACGGGUUGCAUGUUAAUUAGUGAUAUUUUCAUCUUGGACGGCUUUAAUUUUCUGCAUUUUAAAAACACAUCAUGCAGCUAUCUCUCGCAUCGCUAUGCCUUAUCGGAGCCACGGUCGCUCGGUCCGUUGGCGACAGUCUCUAUGAAGCAAUGCUCGCCAAGAAGGCCGAUCCGAGUAAAGUUGGCUACCUCGCUGUUUACUGGAAAACAGCGGAGUCUGGUGUCUUCUUCUCUUUGAGCACAAACGAUGAUCCUCUAAACUUCGCAGAAGUGAAUGGGGGAGACCCAGUAUUCGUUCCUGCUGCCGGGACCAAAGUCAUCCGAGAUGUCUCCAUCGUCGCUGGGGGUGGCGAUGAAGCUGGUCUGAAAUGGUACAUCAUUGGCACCGAUCUGAACAUUGGCGCAACUACGUGGGACAAGUCCACACGAACAGGUUCCAAGGGUGUGCUGACCUAUGAGAGCACCAACCUGGUGAAUUGGACCGACGAGAGGCUCGUCGAAGUCGAGGGAGCCACUGCCGGAAUGGUAUGGGCCCCCGACGCUCUCUGGGAUGACGAAUUAGGGGCAUAUUUCGUAACCUGGUCCUCCAAAUUCUAUGAGGAGAGCGACACGAACCAUACGGGCAAUUCAACAACUCCGCUCUAUGUUCGCGCCGCCUUGACCAAGGAUUUCACUACUUACCAAGCCCCUGCGACUUACAUUGACAACAGUCCCAGCGACACCCUCGACCAGGCUUUCAUGCGCAUCAACGACACCACGCUGAUCCGCUUCAUUACGGGGGGCGGCCUGAAUGGACCCUCGGUUGAAGUGAGCUACGAUGGGCUUUGGGGCGAGUGGGCCCGCCCAGAGGAUUCGAUCGCGGCGAGCUAUGAAGGCCCCUACGGCUGGUGGGACAACAAAAUUGACGGCAAGGCUUGGCUGCUUUGUGAUCUUGUCGGAGGAGCUGCUGGCUUGAGGGGCUGGUACUCGGGCAAUCCAGAGUCGGGUCUGUUUACCCGCGAUUCGUCGUCGGACCCGACAUAUAUGCGGCAUGGCUCUGUCCUUGCCGUGACUCAGGAGCAGUAUGAUGCGCUGAUAUCGCUCUGAAGCUUUCUAUGGUAACUUUCGAAGCGAGUUCGUGUCACGUUGGGCAUAUUUGAAUAUAUCAUUAUUUGUUAUAUGAAACACUGUGUGUAUAGCGAUAGUGCAACGAUUGAACUCAAACCA